GUUUCUGCGCAUUGCACAUUUUUUUUUUUCCUUUCAGGAACGUGUUCGGGCCCGCGGCAGGGGGCGGGGUCGCGCCUCCUCCGCGACUCUGGUUCCAGCGGAGCCUCAUGGACGCGGAGAUGGAAAUCCCGAGGCUGCUCCCGGCUCGCGGGUCGCGACAGGGCGGCGGCGCUGGCAGCCCCGGGGGCGGCGGCCGGAUCCACGGAGGUCCUGACCCGCGGGCCGGCCAGGCCCCCGCGCGCCGCCUCCUGCUGCUCCGGGGCCCCCAAGAUGGCGGGCCCGGGCGGCAGCGUGAGGAGGACCGCGCGGCCUCCCCGGGCCCGGGCCCUAGCCCGUUGGUGCCGAGGCCCGAUCACGCUGGUGGCGGCGGCGGCGGCGGCGGCGGCGGCGGCCGCGGCGGCGGCGAUGGCGAUGACUUCUUCCUGGUGCUGCUGGACCCGGUGGGUGGAGACGUAGAUUCCACGGGCGCCGGCCAGGCCGCAGGGCCCCUAUGGAGGGAGGAGGCCGGGCUGGGCCCACGGUUCCAGGGGCACGAAAGCGGCGCGAACCCCGAGGGCCGCCCUUCGCUGGGCCCCAGCUGCCUGUCCGCUAUCCGCGCCCCAGUCCCGGCCCUGGCCCCGAUCCCCGCCCCAGGCAUGGGCCCCGCCGCGGCCUUCGCGGGCACCGUCACCAUUCACAACCAAAACCUGCUGUUGCGCUUCGAGAACGGCGUCCUCACCCUGGCCACGCCCCCGCCGCCAGCCUGGGCGCCUGGGGUCGCCCCUGCCCCGCAGCCCGGGGGUCUGAUCGCCCCGCAAGCGGGGAUCCCGCACGCCGCGCAGCCUGGCGACUGUCCCGAGCUGCCGCCCGACCUCCUGCUGGCCGAGCGGGCCGAACCCGCGCCCGCCCCAGCGCCCGAGGAGGAGGCGGAGGGCCCGGUUGCUGCUGAGGGUCCCCGCGGGCCGCUAGGCCCGGGCCAGGGCAUGGUGCUGUACCUGUGUCCUGAGGCGCAGUGCGGACAAACCUUUGCCAAGAAGCACCAGCUGAAGGUGCACCUGCUGACGCACAGCAGCAGCCAGGGCCAGCGGCCCUUCAAGUGCCCCCUGGGCGGUUGUGGCUGGACCUUCACCACCUCGUACAAGCUCAAGAGGCACCUGCAGUCACACGACAAACUGAGGCCCUUUGGCUGCCCGGCAGAGGGCUGUGGCAAGAGCUUCACCACGGUGUAUAACCUCAAAGCGCACAUGAAGGGCCAUGAGCAGGAGAACUCAUUCAAAUGCGAGGUGUGUGAGGAGACCUUCCCCACGCAGGCCAAACUCAGCGCCCACCAGCGCAGCCACUUCGAGCCUGAGAGACCCUACCAGUGCGCGUUUUCGGGCUGCAAGAAGACGUUUAUCACAGUGAGUGCCCUGUUUUCCCAUAACCGCGCCCACUUCAGGGAACAGGAACUCUUUUCCUGCUCCUUUCCUGGCUGCAGCAAACAGUACGACAAGGCUUGUAGGUUGAAAAUUCACCUUCGGAGCCACACUGGUGAGAGACCGUUCCUUUGUGACUUCGAGGGCUGUGGCUGGAACUUCACCAGCAUGUCCAAACUCCUAAGACACAAAAGGAAGCACGACGAUGACCGGAGGUUCAUGUGUCCUGUAGAAGGCUGUGGGAAAUCUUUCACGAGGGCCGAACAUCUGAAAGGCCACAGCAUAACCCACCUGGGCACAAAGCCUUUUGUGUGCCCCGUGGAAGGCUGCUGUGCCAGGUUCUCUGCUCGCAGUAGUCUCUACAUUCACUCCAAGAAACACUUGCAGGAUGUGGACACUUGGAAAAUCCGAUGCCCAGUCUCCACUUGUAAUAAACUCUUCACAUCCAAGCACAGCAUGAAGACCCACAUGGCCAAAAGGCACAACCUGCGCCAGGAUCUCUUAGCUCAGCUAGAAGCUGCAAAUUUUCUUACGCCGAGCAGUGAACUUACCAGCCAGGGGCAGAAUGACCUCAGUGAUGCAGAGCUUGUGUCUCUCUUCUCUGAUGUGCCCAGUAAUAGUUCUGCUGCAGUAUUGGACACCGCAUUGAUGAACUCUGGGAUCUUGACUAUUGAUGUGGCUUCUGUGAACUCAACUCUGGCAGGUAAGCUCCCUGCUAAUAAUAAUAAUAAUUCCUUAGGGCAGGCGGUGGACCCUCAGGCCUUGAUGGCCACCAGUGACCUUCCUCAAAGUCUGGAUACCUCACUCUUCUUUGGAACGACAGCCGCUGGUUUUCAGCAGAGUCCCUUAGAUACAGAUGAUGUCUCAAGUCUAAGUGCGGGGCCGUUGGGAUCUCUGAGCUCUUUGGCUAUGAAAACCUCGAAUCAAGAGCCCCAAGCUUUGACCCCCAGCAGUAAGCUAACAGUAGACACAGAUGCUCUGACUCCUUCGAGCACCCUUUGUGAAAACAGUGUCUCAGAACUACUGCCACCAACCAAAACGGAAUGGAACGUACGCCCUGACUCUGACUUCUUUGGACAGGAGGAAGAAACCCAGUUUGCAUUCUCCAAUCCAGCAGGAAACCAUGGGUCUCAGAAAGAAACAGAUCUUAUCACAGUGACUGGCAGCUCAUUUUUGGUAUGAACUAAACUCUAUUCAUUCCUUGCCACAUGGCUUAUUUUAUUGGUGACACUUAAUUUUAAGAGUAUUCUGGACUAAAUGUUUAAAUGCAGUCAUUUCUUAUAGGUUUGAAAAAGAACAGAGCCCUGGGCUACAAGUUUGGAGAUUUAAAUUCUGAUCUUGAGUCUGGAACUGACAGGUUGUGUGACCCUGAGCAAGUCACUUAUCCUAUCUGAGCCUUAAUUUCCUUAUUUAUAAAAUGAGGUGGUUUGAAUAGAUUGUUUCUAAGGUCUUUUCACCUCUAUGAUUCCUUGAUAAUAUGCUUCUUUCCUUGAAAAAAAUUAGGACAUUUUUCAGUGAUGUUGCAUGUGCUUUUUUUCAAACAUGCAUAAAAUACACAUAAUAGUAGAAUGAACAUUCAUGUAUAUGACACCCAACUUCAGCUAUUAUCAAUUCAUGAACAUUUUUGUUUAUAUAAUCUCCAUUCUCACCCUCUCCCAGUAUUAUUUUAAA